AUGGGCCGGUGGAAUCAGCGAUCCAACCAGAGGAUCCCCCUGUUAUGCUGCUGUUGGAAGAUCAACAAACCAUCACUGCCGAACAAGAAACUAGCGAUGCUAUUCCUGAACAAGCGAAUCAAUGAAGUCAAUGUUCUACAAAUCAACGACGCUCAACAAGUCUCAGCAGCCCAGGAAGGCACUGAAGAUUCGCUUGGGGUGCAUCAGGCCGUUGAAACUUCGACUCAACUCAACGCCGCGACUGAAACUUUUGGUGCCGCCACUGCUCUUGCUCAACUGGUUUCUAUUGUUGCUGAUAAUCCGAUGAUUGGAACUAAAAAAUCCAUAUCGAUUCGGUCUUCUUCGAUGGCUGCUACAUCGUCAAAGGUGGAACGGCAGCUAGAAUCUCCAAUGACAGCCGGCAAUCUCCCGAAUAUUACGCCCUUGGAAUAG